AUGACGAGCCACGAACAUUCUGCCAGCACGUCUUCUGGCUCCUCCGUCAACAGCGAGAUCGAAUCAUUCGAAGACCGUUUCAGUCUUAAUGAGCGCGAGGUUGACGGGGCGGUACUGGAGAAGCAGAGCACGGCAGCCUCGGGAUUGUCCGUAUUAGAAGCGCGCGCGCAUUCGUUUAUAUCGACGGUCCGGAGCCGGGAGCCCGGCCAGACUGCGCGCUUCACGCAUCAGCUAUCGCAUACGAAAACAAAGGAAGAUGUGAUUGUGGACUUUGAUGGGCCAGACGACCCCUACAGACCGUUGAAUUGGUGUUUCAAAAAGAAGGCUAUCACUACGGUGCUCUACGGCCUGACAACAAUGGGCGCAACUUGGGCAAGUUCAAUUUAUUCCACAGGGACAAGACAGAUUUCUCAGCAAUUCGGGGUCGGGGAAGAGGUUGGCAUACUUGGCACGGCGCUGCUCCUAUUCGGCUUCGGUGUGGGACCGCUUGUAUGGGCGCCACUCUCCGAGGUAUAUGGGCGUAAAUUCGCUGUUCUGAUACCUUACUUCAUCGCCGCGAUCUUCUCUUUCGGCACUGCUACUGCCAAAGACAUACAGACGAUCAUGAUUACCCGGUUCUUCACUGGAUUCUUUGGCUCCGCCCCGAUUACCAACACCGGCGGUGUGCUAGGGGACAUUUGGUCCCCUGAACAACGUGGAGCGGCUAUUGUUGGAUAUGCUUUGGCAGUCGUCGGCGGCCCCGUGCUGGGACCCAUUGUAGGCGGUGCCAUUUCUCAGAGCUACCUAGGAUGGAGAUGGACGCAAUAUAUCACCGGCAUCAUGAUGAUGUUUUUUCUCACCUUAGACAUACUGUACAUCGAUGAAAGCUACCCACCUGUCCUGCUUGUCUACAAGGCCCGCCGUCUUCGCUUCGAGAGCGGUAACUGGGCUCUCCAUGCGCGCCACGAAGAAUGGGAUGUGAGCCUCAAAGAGCUGGGAAAUAAGUACCUUGUUCGGCCGUUCCAGCUACUCUUCACCCCGAUCUGCUUCCUCGUCGCUCUCUACGCAUCCUUCGUCUACGGAAUUCUCUAUCUAAGUCUGGCGUCCUUCCCCGUCGAGUUCCAGGAAGUCCGCGGGUGGAAUCAAGUCGUCGGUGCACUCCCUUUCCUCUCCUACCUCAUCGGCAUCCUCUUUGGCGCCGCCAUGAACCUCUUCAACCAGAAAUUCUACAUCAAGCGCUUCAAAGCCAACAACAACUUCCCCGUCCCCGAGGCCCGCCUCCCGCCCAUGAUGAUCGGCUCCAUCUUCUUCGCCGCCGGCCUCUUCAUCUUCGGCUGGACCAGCGACAAAAACAUCCACUGGGUCGGCCCCAACGCCGGCGCCGUCUCUAUGGGCUUCGGCUUCUUCACCAUCUUCCAGGCCGCCCUCAACUACCUCAUCGACACAUUCACCGAGUUCGCCGCCAGCGCCGUCGCCGCCAAUACCUUCCUGCGCAGCGUCUUCGCCGGCGCCUUCCCCAUGUUCGCGGGCAUCAUGUUCCGCAAGAUGGGCGUCGACUGGGCAGCCAGCACGCUGGGCUUCAUCGCCGUCGCUCUGAUCCCCAUCCCGUAUCUGUUCUACAUCUAUGGGCCUGCGAUCCGGGCGCGCGGGAAAUGGUCUCAGGCUUCGGUGCGCGGCCAUCGUCAGUCUUAG